UUUUUUUCAUCACGCAAAACCUUAAAGUACUCUCGUACUUCCAAUCUCUUCUUCUCUCACACACAAACUCUCUCUCUCUCUCUCUCUCAUUGUCAUAUCUGGGUAGCUACAUCAAAUACCAGCUCCACAGUUUCCACAUCAAUCCCAUAAUCAUAUCACUCACACACACACACCUCUUCCUUCUCCUCCACACACAAUCCACACAAACCAAAAUGUCCAUAAAUCACUUCUCCACUGACCUUCCACAGACAUUCUGGUUUUCACCACCACAGCAAAAUCAGCCUAUCAUGGACUCCUCGUCUUCUUCUCACAAUACUCCUCCUGAGUGGCCCGCUCAAUUCUACCACCACCAGAAUAAUCAACACCAUCCCUGGUUCAAUUUAAAUCAAGAAGAAUACUACGAAGAAGAAGCAGCCACGAACAGCAGCGGAAUCCGAACCGAAAAACGAGACGAAGAGGAGGAGGUCGUUGUGGUUGUUGAGAAGGAGGCGAUGUUCGAGAAACCGUUGACGCCGAGCGACGUCGGAAAGCUGAACCGACUGGUGAUUCCCAAGCAACACGCGGAGAAGUAUUUCCCACUCGGAGGCGGUGAUUCAAUCGAGAAAGGUUUGCUGCUGAGUUUCGAGGAUGAGUCGGGGAAGUUCUGGAGGUUCCGGUACUCGUAUUGGAACAGCAGUCAAAGCUACGUGUUGACGAAAGGGUGGAGCAGGUACGUGAAGGAGAAGAAACUCGACGCUGGCGACGUCGUUUUGUUCGAACGGCACCGCACCGACACUGAAAGGUUGUUUAUUGGGUGGAGGCGGCGUGGUGGUGGUGGUGGUGGUGGUGGUGGUGAUGUGCAGGAUACUAGUCAUGGAUGGAGUGGCAGAGGAUCUCAUUUAGGGCAAUUCUAUCCUCCUACGCAUCAUCAUGGUCUUCAUGCUGUGCCAUACCAACAACCUCACUGUCUUCAUGCACCUGGGUCUAUUGUGCAGAACCAAACACCGCCGGUGGUGAACUCAAAGAGGCAAGUGAGACUAUUUGGGGUUAACCUGGAGUGCGAACCUGAGGAGGAGCCGUCCGAGCCAUUCACUCUUGAUGGCUCGUCCUUGUCGAGCCAGGAUAUUGUUCAAGCCCAUCAUGAUAAUUACUCUCCUAAUCUUUUCAAUUACACGGAUAUUACUUUCCCCCGAGAUGUCAACCAGAUGAGAAAUCGCCCAGGAUAAGAUCUGAGGAUGUGACGUCCUGGAUUUGACUUGAGGAAAUUAAAUACCCCACUUCCAAAAAUCCCCACCCCCUAUUUUUUUUUAAUUAAAAAAUCACAAAAAAUCCCUGAUUUUCAGUUCCCACAACAUUUCAAGGUUUCUCAAAAAAAAAAAAAAAAAA